UUAUUAAAACGUCUCCAUUUUACAUACACUCUUGCUCAGUAGAAUAUAUUCUAUAGAAGCAGGUCGUUGGCUCUUGCAUUUUUUUCCUCAAAAGUCAUUGCUGAAUCCAUUCUACAGCUUUGAUUGUUCCAUCUUAUUUUGCGACUACAGGAAAACGUCACUGUCACAGUAUGGAGGCACAAGGCAAGGUGAUCGCAAUUCCGAAGUCCAUAGAAGACAUCGCCCCCUACUGGGUGCAGAAGGUACUGCAGCGCGACCUCCCCGGCGUCACCAUCUCUGACGUCGACGUGAAAGGUUCCAUCUGUGACGGCGAGGGCUUCAUGAGCGAAAUCGUCGCAUUCGACGCCCGGGGGACCAGGAACGGCAAAAGUCAGCGCUACAACCUCGUCGCCAAGAUGACGAAGUUCACGCGACCGUUGGCGACAUCCAACGCCCUUGAAGACGACAUCCAAGGUCAUCUCAACUUGGAGAGGGCCGAAGUCGGCCUGUACUCUGUUGUCGUCCCAGAACUUUUAUCUGCGACCACAGAAAGCUCCAAGAAAAAGUUGCUUGAGUAA